UCCUGUGAAUACGUUCGCUGACGUUUUCCCCUAGAAAGCUGGAUUGUUCUUUCACAUUUACUUUUACCCCUCGUAUGGGCUAUCACGCCCAUAUUUUUUCCUCGCCGAGGACGGAGUAUAUUUUUAUUUAGUCCUCGUAAAAUACUACUGGGAAUAUGCUGGGCUACAGCAUCGAAUGAUUCAACCUGGCAUCGUGCACGUGAACUACUGCCGUCAUACCUCAGGAGAGCUGAUUCCUGUGACGUGGGUGGUCUCAGACUGAAGGGCUGAGCUGUGGGUCGUCCUGUGCUGAUCUGUUCACACCAAGUGGCCUGGAUAGGUUGGGCAACUGACAGUUAAGCAUGAAGUGUUUCUGUGGCCCCCCUCCACGUGCCCGUGGGAUCAUGGGAAGCCGGGCGCUCUGGGCUCUGCUCUUUGUCCUCAAGCUCCAGGAGAACCACGGCAACGAGGUGCAUGAGCUCCCCGGGCCACAGGCAGUGAAGCUGGAGACAGACUGGGAACUACAACGCAUAUCUGUCAGCUGGGAGCAGAGGCCCUUGACCCACAACCUUACAGACCAACUGCUCUUCGACAUCGAGGUUCUCCGAAACAAAAAGACUGUGCACAGCGAGACCAUCGAGCCAAAUCCAGUCCUGAAAAGGCAGCAGUGGAACUGGACUUCAGAUAUCCCCCUGAACUGCACCUCGCACUGCGCCAGGGUCCGAACCCGUCUGCUCAACCGCACCAGCCACUGGAGCUUCACACAGACUGCUGAUGGGAUGGAUGUUUCUUCCCACAAGUCCUUGCAGGUGUUUCCCUCCACUGAUAGAGUGGUGGAGGUGGGCAGUAGUGUAGAUUACUGCUGCAUUAUGAGUGAGGGGCACACAAACAGGACAUCACAUCACAUCACAUACAACCUCAUAGCCCCAGCUGUGACCCGCAUCAGUGACCGGAGCUUCGCCGUGCACCUGCGCAACCUGGCGCCGACCAAGACCUCCGGCUACGAUCUGCAGUGCGACGCCUCGGGGGGCGCCGGUGCCACUCUUUUUGUUGGCUACCCCCCUAGUGUCCGGAACUUGGUGUGUGAAACAGACCUGGUGAAUCUUACCUGCCACUGGGACCUGAAGCGUGACACAGAACUGUAUGGAGAACGGAAAACUCUGUACUCCUUGAAUGGAAGGAACUGCAAAGAAAAUAUACCAAAUCAAUGCAUGAUCAGUGUGGCCCUGGGUCCGGGCGAGAAGAACUGGACCCUGACUGCCAGAAACAGGCUUGGCAGUAUGGAGCUCACGGACAGAGCGGACCUGAGGCACAGAGUGCGCAUGCAGCCCCCUUUGCGAGUGACAUCACCUGAGGUGCAUGCUGGAAACCGCAGUAUUGAGUGGAGCUGGGCUGUGGAAGCCUACAAGACACUCCCCCUCCUGUGCCAAGUGCAGCUGAAUCACACCAACCACACCAACACGAGUCACGAUACAGGACGGGGGCUGCACAGGCUGGUUCUGACCCACCUGAAGCCCAACAUGGACUACACCCUGCUGGUGCGAUGCGGGAUGCAGCAGAACUUUUGGAAAUGGGGCAACUGGAGUUCAAAACACAGCUUCAGGACCAGCCCGGAGGCUCCGGACGUGUGGUUGCACAUGAACGGCAGUCACACAGCUCUCAUCAUGAGGAAAGGCCACAGCCUGCGCUAUGCGGUGGCGUGGAACAGCUCCAGGGGGGAGCAGUUUUCCUCAGUGCCUCCCGGAGAGCACAGCUUCCUCCUUUCGGACCUGGGGGACGGGGUCGCCAGGGUUACCGCCUUCAACUCCGCUGGCUCCUCCCCUCCCUCCAGCGUCUGGGUCCCAGAGGCCUCACCUGGUGCCACAGACAGAGUCUCUGGCUCUGGCGGGGGUUUCAACCUGUCCUGGCCUGCUAGUGCUGGUGCCACCUGUGGGUACAUCGUGGAGUGGGGCCCCGCCCACCAGCAGGACUGGAGGGUUGAGUGGAUGAAGGUGCCACACCCCUCGGCAUCGAUUCCACCAAAGCACUUUCAAGCCGGCGUGAGGUACCUGCUGUCCAUCUACGCUUGCAGUCAGGGCCGGCCACACCUGCUCGCCAGGAAGGAGGGAUACGCUGAGGAGAAGGCUCCCAACAAGACGGUGCAGAAAUUGGAAGGCAAUCCAAGUGGGUCUGGAGUUCAGUUUCACUGGGAUAUGGUUCCUCCGGAGGGCCAGCAUGGGUUCAUCUGUGGAUACCACAUCUAUCUGAAUUCUUCCUCAGGCUAUAAGUACGAAGAAAACAUCAAAAACCCUGAUGCCAGAGAUUACACGAUGAGGAACGUCCCCCCCGGGUGGUACACAUUCAGAGUGAAAGCCUACAAUUCAGCUGGGGAAGGGAAGGAAGAAGCCACGCUCCAGUACCUGGUUCCAGUCACAGAAUCAGCUGGUUGGUUGAUCUUCAUCACCCUGAGCGCAAUGGCCUUCUUCCUCAUCUUCACUAUUAUCUGCUACCAGAAGAGGAAUUGGAUAAAGGAGAGUCUGUUUCCUAUUAUUCCCAAGCCAAGGGUCCCGCAGGACUUGUCAACUCCAACAAUGUUUUCCUCCCAGACGCUGGACCUUGAGAAGUGCCCCUAUGACAGGGUGGAAGUGUUCCUUUCGAAUGAGGAUUCGGGGGAGGUUCCUGGGGAGGAGAACGGGUGGAGUAUGUGUUCUCCUGACUCCAGCAGCACCCUGCUCAUGAGGUGCUACCAGCAGGCCCCGAGCAGGACGUCCCACACGUGUGUUCCCCAGGCUCACCCUGCCUCUCCCUCGGGGAUCACCUACACAUUGCUGCAGCCCCCCCGGGCCCCCCCACAGCCUGCCCUGUCCUCAGGGCAGUACCAGCCCCAGGGCUCAGCGGAGAAUGGGCCCCAGGGCUCAGUGGAGAAUGGGCCCCAGGGCUCAGUGGAGAAUGGGCCCCAGGGCUCAGUGGAGAAUGGGCCCCAGGGCUCAGCCACAGCACAGCUCCCCCUGCAGGUGGAUGAUGGGUACCAGCCCUUCCCGUCCCUCAGCACUGCCUCGCCUGGGCCAGGAGACCUGGACACGCCCACUUCUGCCAACUCCUUCACCUUCCUGCUGGGCGGGGCAUCUGUCAGCCCUGCCUCAGCCAAUCCUGUGCGAAUAAACAGACCCCUCCCACACAAAAACUACACAAACCCCACCUACCAGCCCAUAGACUACACCCACAUGUAGAAUUUUCCUAUAGCUCUAGCCCCUCCUACAGUUCUGUGCAGGUUUAGCAGGCAGACAAUGUUCAUCUGAUUGACUAGCAGAUAAGAAGUAAGACACAAUCAUUCCAGCCAACUAGUCGCUCCCCCUGAGCCACACUAUGCCCAGUUGCCUUGCAGAGGCAGAAUGACAGUGAUGUCUUCCACCUAAGAGAACACCUGCAUUCUUAAAGCACAACACAGGACCCUGCUACACCACACAACACUGCUACACCACUCUGCUACACCACAACACAAUGCUACACCACCCUGCUACACCACACUGCUACACCACAACACACUGCUACACCACAACACACUGCUACACCACCCUGCUACACCACAACACACUGCUACACCACUCUGCUACACCACAACACACUGCUACACCACUCUGCUACACCACCCUGCUACACCACCCUGCUACACUACACUGCUACACCACAGCACACUGCUACACCACCCUACAACACCACCCUGCUACACCACUCUGCUACACCACACUACUACACCACACUGCUAUACCGCUUCUCAUUGGCCUCCACUGGCUUCCUAUUGCCGCACGCAUCCGUUUCAAGGCCCUAGUGUUGGCAUUUCAGGCUGCUAAGGGGACUGCCCCACCUUACAUACAAUCCCUGAUCACUCCCUACUCCCCAGCAAGACCACUCCGGUCUGCCAGCUCUGGUCGCCUUACGGUUCCCUCUCUACGUGCACCUGGCGGUCGAGCUGCACGUUCACGCCUGUUUUCCGUUCUGGUUCCUCAGUGGUGGAAUGACUUGCCUACCACUGUCAGAACAGCAGAAUCCCUCCCCCUAUUUCGACGCAGACUCAAAACCCACCUUUUCAAACUCUACCUUAGUCCUCCCUCCUGAUUUCCCCCACCCCUCCUUUCUGAUAUCCCUAUCCUUGUCUAACCCCCCCCCCAAAAAAAAAAAAAAAAAAAAAAGCACUUUUGAUGACAACUAUGUUUAGAACAGCAGUUCAUGUGUAUUUUGCUAGUUUCUGGAUGUGAUGCUUUGACUUAUGGUAGAACCUAUGCACUUGUAAGUCGCUUUGGAUUAAAACCACCCUGCUACAUCACUCUCCUGAAACCAGAAGCGUCUUACCUGGGCUAAGGAGAAAAAGAACUGGACCGUUGCUCAGUGGUCCAAAGUCCUCUUUCAGAUGAAAGUACAUUUUGCAUUUCAUUAGGAAAUCAAGGUCCCAGAGUCUGGAGGAAGAGUGGAGAGGCAGAGAAUCGAAGUUGCUUGAAGUCCAGUGUGAAGUUUCCAUAGUCAGUGAUGAUUUGGGGUGCCAUGUCAUCUGCUGAUGUUGGUUCACUGUGUUUUAUCAAGUCCAGAGUCAACGCAGCCGUCUACCAGGAGAUUUUAGAGCACUUCAUGCUUCCGUCUGCUGACAAGCUUUAAGGAGAUGCUGAUUUCCAUUUCCUUGCUAUUACUGUGCUUGAUUGGCCAGCCAACUCGUCUGACCUGAACCCCAUACAGAAUCUAUCUGGUAUUGUCAAGGGGAAGAUGAGAGGCACCAGAAACAACAGUACAGACGAGCUGAAGGCCACAAUCAAAGCAACCUGGGCUUCCAUAACACCCCAGCAGUGCCACAGGCUGACCUGGGCUUCAUAACACCUCAGCAGUGCCACAGGCUGACCUGGGCUUCAUAACACCUCAGCAGUGCCACAGGCUGACUGCCUCCAUGCCACGCCGCAUUGAUGCAGUAAUUGGUGCAAAAGGUGCUCCGACCAAGUGCAUAAAUUAACAUACUUUUCAAGGUCGACAUUUUUGUAUUUUAAAUCCUUUUAAGGCCUUAUGUAAUAUUCUAAUAUUUUGAGAUACUGGAUUUUUGAUUUUCAAGUCAUAAUCUGUAAGCCAUAAUCAUCAAGAUUAAAACAAGAAAAUGAACUUUUCCACGAUAUUCUAAUUUUUUGAGAUGCACCUAGUUUUAAUCUUGAUGAUUAUGGUUUACAGAUUAUGGCUUGAAAAUCUAAAAUCCAAUAUCUCAAAAUAUUAGAAUAUUACAUAUUCUAUAUAUAGCAUUUAUUCAAGUUAUACUUAUACUUAAGACUUAAAGGCCCGGACACACCAAACCGACAGUCGGCCGCGGCCGAGUUGCACGUACGUCGAUACGCGUCGUUAAUGUCGGCUGUGCCGAACACACCGCAACAACGGUCCGCCGACGGCCGAGUUGCACGUACGUUCUGCGCCUGCGUGAGGUAAUAACUCUCCACACCAGCAGGUGGCAGUAGUCUGUAUUUGUCUUUCAAAAAAUGGAAACCGGAAGACCGGGGAAUGCGUUUGCAUUGCGUUGGACCUAGAAGCAGCCAUUGUCUCGCUCACAACAAACAGUUUGCAGCAAUUUCCUUGUUCUCUCGCUAUUUAGUAAUACUAAUCGAAUUAUGUCUGGUAGUGACUUUGGAAUGGCUUGCUUUCGUCGCUUCCGUUUCUCUUCUCGUGCACUGAUUCGCUAGCUGGACAGCCAAUCAGAGAGCUCUCUCUCUCAUCGACGGCUCCGGGGGCUCCGGGGCUCCGGGGGCUCCGACGCCGGUUCAACAUGUUGAAGCUCCGGAGCCCUCCAACACACCGGGACACACCGGAAAGACUUGGCCGACAGGGCGCCACCAACAUCCGACGGCCGACCGUCGGUUUGGUGUGUCCGGGCCUUUAAUUAGACCUUGAUUAAUUAAAUCAGGUGUGGUAGUGCUGGGCUAAAACAGAACCCUGCACCCACACCGGCCCUUUCAGAUACGAUUGGACCCCCCUGCUUGAGUUCUGCAUGUUUCUGUGGUACAAGUCAAACAUGUAUGAACAUUUUAUUGUGGUACAAGUCAAACAUGUAUGAACAUUUUACUGUGGUAUUAGCAAAACGUGUAUGAAGAUAUUCCCACAGCCAAAGGGGACCAGAAAAAAACUCUGAGGUGUCAGUCUUCUGAGGUGUGCUCAACCAGAUAUGUGAAGAACAUGAUAGCUGCACUAUUACAGCCUAGUCACUAGGUGCCAGCAAACACGUUUGUUUUUUGUUUUUUUGCACAAGGAUGCAUCUAUUAUAAUACUAUUCACAAAAAGACAAGAUUGGUUUACAAUUUCUGUGAUAGCCACAGAAAUCCAGGUUCUUUCCAAGAGUCACUGGAAACCGAUAUUUUGAAUUUUUAUAUUGUUAUUCCCCAAUCCUAGAUGUUUAAGUGGAAGCAAACAUGGCAAUAUUUUUUGACUAACUUUAAGUAUCUCUGUUUGAUGUAACAAAUUAUAAAUACUUCUGAAAAGUAUUUCUGAAUGAGACUGAGAAAUCGUUGUAAGGCUAAAAAAAAUGGUUUAAUGGUUAAUAUUUGUUUUAUAGUUUGUGGAGGCGUUUGAGAGGCGCACAAGUGAGGUGACGUCAGUUACGCGACUUGAAUUAGUGGUUAUAGCUGACAAAUGAGAAAUAACAUGUUUUCCAAGCUAAUAAAGUUGUUAUUUGAAAACAAACAA